AUGUUCAAAUUCGCCGUUGUAAUUUUCGCCAUGAUUGCUUGUGCUGCUGCCAAGCCCGGUUUGGUUACUCCUUUGGCUUAUACCGCUCCAGCUGCUGUCGUUGCUGCUGCUCCUGCACCUUUCGUUACUGCCACCAGUAGCCAAUAUGUUGCCCGUAACUACAAUGGUAUUGCCACCGCUCCAGUUACCUUCGCUGCUCCAGUAGCUGCUGCUUACACCACCCCUCUUGCCGCUGCCUACUCCGCUCCCCUAGUUACCAAAUACGCCGCCACCUAUGCUGCUCCAUUCGCUUACUCUGCUCCUUUGACUUAUGCUGCUACUGCUCCCGUUUUGUUGUAA